AAAUAAGAACCGGACUCUUCCGGCUGCACAGUGAUUUGGUUGGAUCCAUUUGACGAGCUUUUACAAUGAAAUUCCUCGUUGUUCUAUUAGGCCUUGUCUGCGCCUUAGCCCAUGGGGCACCAAACGUAGAGAAGGUGGUAGAUUCGCCCCGUCCAGCUUUCUCAAAAGAUAUAGAAAUCAUACCAUCUGACAAUACCAGGAUAACAAACAGUGAUCGUGCAUUUAGAGACCAAUUCCCUUACCAGGUUUCUCUAGAAUGGGGUUAUCUUGAAUCGCCCUCCCAUCUCUGCGGUGGCAGUCUCAUUUCAGAAUCGGUGGUACUCACGGCUGCCCAUUGUAUUGAAAGUUAUGGUACGUAUACGAUAGCUGCUGGACUUCUUAAUCGAGGCGAAACUACUGCAACAUCUCAAAGACGAAGCGUUGACACCAUUGUAGUUCACGAAAACUGGCCUGGCGAAGGCCCGGCUCCAUAUGACAUUGCCCUCGUAAAAGCAGUCUCACCUUUCACUUUGACUUCUUCCGUUCAAACUGUUGGAAUUCCUAGUCAGGGUAUCGUUCCCUCUGGAACUGGCAUCGUUUCUGGAUGGGGCAGAACGUUUUAUAAUUCUGUUCUCCCAACCGUCUUGCAAUACGCAAAUCUACGAAUCAUAACAAACAACGAAUGCGCUCAAAAUUUGAUCAACGUGUUGGGAUAUACCAGUGCUUUGGACGAUACCCAAAUUUGUACCAGUGCACGCGUUACUGGUCAAACAGGAAGGGUAUCAGUUUGCAGUGGUGAUUCUGGUAGUCCAUUGGUCCAAGGGUAUGUUCAGGUGGGUAUUGUCUCUUGGGGUAUCACACCAUGUGGCACCACUUACGCUCCAUCUGUCUACACAAGAGUUUCUACCUAUUCUGACUGGAUUAACGAUAGACUUGCAGAGUUGAGCUCUGCCGCUCCUUCAACCGUUUAAAUAUAUACAUUCAUAAUAUUGUACUCAAAACGAAACAAUAAACAAAAUCACUUACAAAUAAA